AUGUCUUAUGCUGCUAACCUGAAGAACGUAAUGAGCAUGCAGAACCGGCAGAAAGAGACAGAAGAGACCACUGCACCUCAGGAAGAAACAGACAGCUCAAAGCCAGGUCCAUCAGCACAUGACCUGGCUGCUCAGUUAAAGAGCAGCUUGCUGGCAGAGAUUGGGCUGACAGAGAGUGAGGGUCCUCCUCUGACUUCAUUCAGGCCACAGUGCAGUUUUAUGGGCAUGGUGAUAUCACAUGAUAUGCUGUUGGGUCGAUGGAGGUUAUCGCUUGAGCUUUUUGGCAGAGUGUUCAUGGAGGAUGUUGGAGCAGAGCCUGGAUCAAUAUUGACGGAGUUGGGUGGCUUUGAAGUGAAAGAAUCCAAAUUCCGCAGAGAGAUGGAAAAACUUCGAAAUCAGCAAUCUAGAGAUUUAACCUUGGAGGUUGACGAGAUCGAGACCUCCUUAUUCAGCAGACAAUGAGGCAGUUAAACAACCAUUUUGGACGUAGGUGUGCAACAACACCAAUGGCUGUGCACAGAGUAAAGGUUACUUUCAAAGACGAGCCAGGAGAGGGCAGCGGAGUAGCCCGAAGCUUCUAUACGGCCAUUGCUCAAGCAUUUCUGUCAAAUGAAAAAUUGCCAAGUCUAGACUGCAUUCAGAACACCAACAAAGGAACACAUACAAGUUUGAUGCAGAGACUAAGAAAUCGAGGAGAGCGAGACCGGGAAAGAGAACGAGACAUGCGACGAAGCAGUGGUUUACGAGCUGGAUCUCGGAGGGACAGAGACAGAGAUUUCAGGAGACAGCUGUCGAUUGACACAAGGCCUUUUAGGCCAGCCUCUGAAGGGAAUCCCAGUGAUGAUCCAGACCCUCUUCCUGCUCACAGACAAGCUCUUGGAGAGAGGCUGUAUCCACGUGUACAAGCCAUGCAGCCUGCAUUUGCAAGUAAAAUUACUGGUAUGCUGCUAGAACUGUCUCCAGCCCAACUGCUACUGCUGCUGGCCAGCGAAGACUCUCUGAGAGCCCGGGUGGAUGAAGCUAUGGAAUUGAUUAUCGCACAUGGGAGGGAAAAUGGAGCGGACAGUAUACUUGAUCUUGGCUUGUUAGAUUCAUCUGAAAAAGUGCAGGAAAACCGUAAACGUCAUGGAUCCAGCCGCAGUGUGGUUGAUAUGGAGCUAACUGAUACUGAUGAUGGUGAUGAUAAUGCCCCCUUAUUUUAUCAGCCUGGCAAACGAGGAUUCUACAGUCCUAGGCCAGGCAAAAACACAGAGGCUCGGUUAAACUGUUUCAGGAAUAUUGGAAGGAUCCUUGGCCUGUGCCUGUUGCAGAACGAAUUAUGUCCGAUCACAUUAAGCCGACAAGUUAUAAAGGUUCUCUUGGGCAGAAAAGUGAACUGGCACGAUUUUGCGUUUUUUGAUCAUGUGAUGUAUGAAAGUCUACGACAGCUCAUCCUUGCCUCCCAGAGUCCAGACGCAGAUGCUGUGUUUGCAUCAAUGGAUUUGGCAUUUGCUAUAGACCUGUGCAAGGAGGAGAGUGGUGGACAG